AUGAGUAUAAGUUGCACUGAGAGCCUCUGCCUCCCACUCUCACCCUCGCCUCUAUCUCCCUCUCACCCUCGCCUCUAUCUCCCUUCUCUCCUCCCUCUCCCCCUCAGGUUCUCUCUCGGGGCAGAUGUGUUGCCAGAGUAUAAGCUGCAGGUGCUGUCUCCCUCUCUCACCUCUCUCCCCCUUUCUCCCCCUCAGGUCCUCUCUCUCGGGGCGGAUGUGUUGCCAGAGUAUAAGUUGCAGGCCCCCAGGAUCCACAAAUGGACGGUGCUUCACUACAGUCCGUUCAAAGCCGUGUGGGACUGGCUCAUCCUGCUGCUGGUCAUCUACACCGCCAUCCUCACGCCCUACUCUGCCGCCUUCCUGCUCAGUGACCAUGAGGAGCAGGUGUUGCAGAGUUGUGGAUACUCCUGUUCUCCUCUGAACGUAGUCGACCUGAUUGUGGACAUUAUGUUCAUCAUCGACAUCGUCAUCAACUUCAGGACCACGUAUGUGAACUGUAAUGAUGAAGUGGUGAGUCACCCGGUGAAGAUCGCGGUGCAUUACUUCAAAGGCUGGUUCCUCAUCGACAUGGUGGCGGCCAUCCCCUUUGACCUGCUCAUCUACCGCAACGGAGAGGAGACGACCACUCUAAUUGGUCUGCUGAAGACGGCCCGCCUGCUGCGAUUGGUCCGUGUGGCUCGGAAACUGGACCGUUACUCUGAGUACGGAGCAGCUGUGCUCUUCCUCCUCAUGUGCACCUUCGCCCUCAUCGCCCACUGGCUCGCCUGCAUCUGGUACGCCAUCGGGAGUGUGGAGAGGAACGGCUCCAUCGGCUGGUUACACACUCUGGGAGAUCAGCUGGGGAAGCACUACAACGGCUCUGUGAGAGGCUCUGGCCCGUCCAUCAAAGACAAGUAUGUGACCGCUCUGUACUUCACCUUCAGCAGUCUGACCAGUGUGGGCUUCGGGAACGUGUCGCCCAACACCAACUCAGAGAAGAUCUUCUCCAUCUGCGUCAUGCUCAUCGGCUCUCUCAUGUACGCCAGCAUCUUUGGGAACGUGUCGGCCAUCAUCCAGCGCCUGUACUCGGGCACGGCGCGUUACCACACACAGAUGCUCAGGGUGCGAGAGUUCAUCCGCUUCCACCAGAUCCCAAACCCUCUGCGGCAGCGGCUGGAGGAGUACUUCCAACACGCCUGGUCCUACACCAACGGCAUCGACAUGAACGCGGUCCUCAAAGGGUUCCCUGAGUGCCUGCAGGCCGACAUCUGCCUGCACCUGAACCGCACUCUGCUGCAGAACUGUAAGGCCUUUAAAGGGUCCACAAAGGGCUGUCUGCGAGCGCUGGCCAUGAAGUUCAAGACCACCCACGCCCCGCCCGGGGACACGCUGGUCCACGCCGGGGACGUCCUCACCGCCAUCUACUUCAUCUCCAGGGGCUCCAUCGAGAUCCUGCGAGGGGACGUGGUGGUGGCCAUCCUGGGUAAGAACGAUAUCUUCGGAGAGCCCAUAAACCUGUACUCUCGGCCGGGGAAGUCCAACGCCGACGUGAGGGCCCUGACCUACUGCGACCUGCACAAGAUCCUGAGAGAGGACAUCAUGGAGGUCCUGGACAUGUACCCGGAGUUCAGCGCCGCCUUCUGGACCAACCUGGAGAUCACCUUUAACCUGCGAGACACCAACAUGAUUCCUGGUUCCCCGAGCAGCGACGAGUCCAAGAGCGGAGGUUUCAACAAACUCAGGAGACGCAAACUGUCGUUUAGGAGACGCACUGAGAAAGAUGAUGCUGAUGCUGGAGAGAUUAAAAAGUCCCAGAGAGUGCGGAGGAGACAGAGGGACUCGACCAAAGCCCUGUGCUCAGAGGAGGCCCCCUGCACCCCUGUGUCCUCCCAGUCCAGUGGGGACGAGGGGGAGGAGUCGGUGGUGACCAGCCUGGCCCCGCCUACUGCUCUGGGGGCCCCUGCCUCAGUCCGGGCCCUGAGCAGUGAUCCCGAUGGAGGCCCCAAGACCGGCAACACCUGCACCGCUCUGUCGGGAGCCUUCUCGGGAGUGUCCAACAUGUUCAGCUUCUGGGGGGAGAGUAGGGGAGGAGGGGGAGGAGGGGGACAGUACCAGGAGGUGCCCAGCUGUAGCCUGGCCUCCCCCCCUCCCCCGCUCCUCACCCCUCCUCCCCUCCUCACCCCCGUGCACAGCCUCAGCCGACACCAGAGGAACCAGCUGGACUCACGACUGGACCUGCUGCAGAAACAACUCAACAGGUUGGAGAGUCGUAUGUCUGCAGAUGUCGGGUCCAUCCUGCAGUUGCUGCAAAGACAGAUGGCUCUGGUGCCACCGGCCUACAGCGCCGUGUCCUCACCCCCGCAGGUUUCUCUGUACCUAGGGGACAGGACAGCGCACCCUCUGGACACAGACCAUAUCUCCUCACUGGCACAGAUCCUGAAGACGCAGGACUUGGAGCAGUUCCCCUCCGGACCACCAGAGGCCCCGGUGAGGAGCAGCCCUCCCUCAGAGCUGCAGAGGGGCCCCUGUCCUGGGGAGCAGAGCUGUGGAGGCAUGGAGCUCCAAGACCAGGACACUGAGAGAAGACUGUCCCUUCAGGAGACACACCCCAGGGACCCACGGACUCACAGACACAGCUCUGACCCCGGAGGCCCCUAG